GCACCAUGUCGAGAAACUUUAACGUCUGUGCCCGUGGCCUAGAUAUUAUCGAUAAAUACCAACGUCAUCCUUCACCGUGACGCUUUCUUGACGCAACCUACAGGUGGAGGAGGUCACCAAGAUCACAUGACCAGCAGGAGGAGGUCAUGGAAGUGUUGAGAGCAGGAGGGAGUGCCACCGCCGUCGCCGCCGCCACCACCGCCGCCGCCGCCACCCUUGUGAUGUGGAGGUUUGCGAGGACUGAGCUCAUCGGGGCCCAAGUCUGGUUAUCUGGUUCCUCGCGGACUUGAAACUCCCUGGAGAGAAGAGAAAGAGAAGGUGGGGAAGUAGAGAAGGUGGACUUUGAGAGGAACUACAGGUGUGCUCAGAGAUCAACAAAUAUCGCCACACCAUUAAUUAACAGGCGUGACUUCCGAAGUACUGACUGAUGACGAGACUUGGAGCGCCCUCCACUCUGCGCCGCCGGGAAGCAUCCGUGCCCGCCACUCGUGCACAACAGACACACCACAGUUUCGUCAGGUCUCGUCUCCAGUCUCACCAACGAAGGAGGAGCAAGCGGCACUCGGCACGGCGGAGCGAAACGCGGCACACAGCACAGCCUGCAUACGGCGCGUUUAGCGACACGUGGCUCACAACAAAAGCUCGGUCACCUUGGCAACACGUAAAUAAUGCACAGAAGAACGUGACGGUGGACCAGGAGACAGGCCAUUGCAAGUCCUCGUCACUGCAGAUCCCGGGAAGGAGGCAGCCACCAUGAAGCUCCAGCCCGAAGCCUUGAUUGAGGCGUACGUGUACCCGCUGUUCAUGGCCACCAACGAGAGGGAGCUCAUCUCAGGCAUGUGCUGGGGAUCUAUUCCCCUUGUAGUGGCCUCCCUCAUCAUCCAGGACUCAUCCCCUUCCUCCUCUAGCACCUCAUCCCGGUUCCUUAUACCGGGGAGGAUCGCCAGAUUCCUGCAGGAGUGCCCCGCCUUCUUCAUCCCCGUGGUGCUGGUGGCGUAUGGCAAGCAGAAGACCUACGACAGCGUGGUGAACCAGCUGUGUCUUGGAUUGUUCAUCAUGCACUUUUUCCAGAGGUGCUUCAUCUCCCCUUUAUUGAUGACAAGCCAAAAGCCAACUCGCUUCCUGCCUUUCCUUCUUGCUUUUCUGACUCACACUUACAACGGAAUCCUCCAUGGCAUCUACUUCGUAAACUAUUACCGCUUCAAUGAUGAGGAGUGGUUUUACAAGCCCAAUUUCUAUAUAGGGUUUGCAUUCUUCCUCUAUGGCAUGAAGAUCAACAUAGGUGCUGACUCAGUCUUCAGGAAAUCGGAAAUACAAUCCCAGCUCCAAAUACCAACAGGAGGAUGGUUUGAGAAGAUUUCAUGUCCACAUUACUUUGGAGAGAUUGUGGAGAUGUGGGGAUAUGCCCUGGUCAGCCUGGCGCCUCCUGCCCUAGUGCUGGCUGCCACCACCACACUGCUGCUGGCGCGCCGGGCACUGCACAGCCACCAGUGGUAUCUGAAGAAGUAUGAAGACUAUCCACGAACACGUAAAGCAGUUUUUCCAUUCCUAUUGUAGGAAGGAAAUAUAAAACAAAUCAGUUCAUGCACGUGUUGUCACAGCUCCUAGAAUAUGAAGGAGUGCUUUCAGUACCAGCAUAAUGGUAAAUAUAUUCAGGUGUGUAAUUCUGCUGGUAAGGUGUACUGCAAUGUAAUGUAUGAGAGUCUGAAAUGUUAAGACAUGUAUCAUAUUGCAUAGUAGAGCUCUAAGCAGGUGCUACUGCAAUGCAUAAAAGUUCAGGGGAAAAAGAAACUGCAAGGUACACAGUUUUUCUUUUCCUUUUUUUUUUUUUUUUGUGGUAGGAACUAAUAAUAUGUUGAUUUAUUAAAAUAUAUUUAAUAAAAAAAAAACUGCUAUUUUAUAAACCAGCACAGAAAAUAUCACAUAAGGAAAAAUUCUGAUCCCUACAAGGCCAAUGGAAUGUUCCCCUCACUCCUCUUGUAUACAGUUACUUCCUGUGUGUUGAGGGGAAGUGCUGCAGCGUACUACAGACUCCUCGCCGUGAAUGGGAUGUUUGAUUCGUGCUUAAACAUUUGUUAUUGUUAUACUUUUACUGU